AUGAUACUUCUGGGUCUGUGUGUUAUCCAGUCAAAGCUCGGGUUCCUAGAAGGAUGGAUAGAGUCUACCACUAGUGUUCUGUCGAAGCUUCACGCCAAUUCGCCAUCGCUAGAGAACCGCGCUCAUAUCAUACCUGAAUCCACAGAGGCUGCCAUAUUUGACCAGAUGAGGCAAGAGUAUGAAGCACAAUGUCCAGUGCAGAAACACCAGACGCGCAUUUUCUCCACCGAUCCUAUGAUAAUCUAUAUUGAAGACUAUCUAUCCUACGAGGAGACUAAAUACCUGCUCCAUUUGGCUGAUCCUCUGUUUAUACAGUCACCUGUGUCCAAAGGGUAUCGCCUCGACGAGUAUGAUCUCAGUAUUCGGUCCUCGAAGUCGGCAGUUCUCCCUAGCGAUCCCGUGGUGGCAUGUAUUGAACAGCGCACAAUGGACUUCCAAGGCUACCAGUCACUGAAUCGCCUCGAGGAUCUUCAGGUUGUCAAGUACGGGAUCAGCGACCAGUUUCGACCUCAUUUUGAUUGGUUCGCGGGGAUGGAAAACCCUCGGGUAUCGACCAUAUUUGCCUAUCUUGAAUGCGACGAUUGCGUCGGUGGCUCCACCCAAUUUCCUUACUACCGCGGCUCUUUCCCUGCCAGUUGGUGUAAGUUUAUAGACUGCGAGGAUAACGAAGAUAACCGCGCAGCUGGUGGCACUGGCUUCAAGCCAAUCCAAGGCAAUGCAGUGUUCUGGCGGAAUCUAUACGAAAAUGGCACGGGCCAUCCAGGGGUCUGGCAUGCGGGUAUGCCGGUACACAAGGGCAGGAAGUCCGGAUUGAAUAUAUUUACGCGUAAGGAGACGGCAUAUUCCGAAAAUACUGAUGCAGUUGAGAAUAGCGAUGCUUAG